AUGGGAAAGACGUCUGGAGGUCGCCCUGACGCUGGAGUCCGUGCUCUUAGAAUCAAUAAUCGCAGGGAGUCAGGCGUGUCGUGGGGGCGACGCGGCUGGAGCGGGCGGGGCGGCGGUGCGGGGCGGGCGGGUGGUCCGACCGCGGCCUCGGGCGCGAGGCGGCGCGAGCGCGGGGGCCAGCCGCGGAGGCCCAUGGAGAUCCUCACCAGCAUCUACGCGCUGCUCUCCGGCGGGGUGAGACGCAACCCACCACACCAACAAGAUCAAGGAGUCAACCCGAAAAUUGACUCAGUUGCGUUUCGGCUACACUGUGGGGCAACCACUGCGGCAUUACUGGCUGCGAGUGCUGCUCUCACCACGCGCCAUCUUGUGGGCAACCCUAUAGAUUGCAUUCACACAAGGGAUAUACCGGAGGAUGUUCUAAACACCUACUGCUGGAUCCAUUCUACGUUCACGGUGGCUGGAGAGGCCAUGGGUGGGGCGUACCCCGGAGUGAGGAGUGCGGGAACGGCUCCCCGUCGGUACGGAAAGUACUAUCAGUGGGUGGCUUUUACUCUGUUUUUUCAGGUGUAUUACGCUAAUAUGAAGAAAGCAAGCGCUGUAGAUUUUGGCAUCGGUCAAUAA